UGCUUUUGCUUUGGGGCGCGGAAAAGAAAAAAAAGAAAAACAGAAGACACUCUCUUCUUCUAUAAAUUCCCCCCCUGCUCUUACUGCUAACAUGUAUAUAAUGGAUACUGCAGGGAAUUUGAAGACAUCAAGCAUCGAAUUAGACCUGGACCGUCCCAAUAUCGAGGACUACCUUCCUUCUGGAUCCUCCAUUCCGGAGCCUCGGGGCAAACUUCGUCUGCGUGACUUGCUUGAUAUUUCACCUACUCUGACGGAGGCAGCUGGUGCCAUUGUUGAUGAUUCAUUCACACGAUGUUUCAAGUCGAAUCCUCCAGAACCAUGGAACUGGAAUGUGUAUUUGUUUCCCCUUUGGUGCAGCGGUGUGAUGAUUCGGUAUGGGAUUUUGUUCCCUGUCAGGGUUCUGGUACUGAUAAUUGGGUGGAUUAUUUUUUUUUCACCCUACAUUCCAGUGCAUUUUCUGCUGAAAGGGCACGACAAAAUGAGAAAAAAAAUAGAGAGGUGUUUGUUGGAGUUAAUUUGCAUGUUCUUUGUUGCUUCAUGGACUGGAGUUGUCAAGUACCACGGACCACGACCUAGCAUACGGCCUAAACAGGUUUUUGUGAGCAAUCAUACUUCCAUGAUUGAUUUCGUUAUCCUGGAACAGAUGACUGCAUUUGCUGUGAUUAUGCAGAAACACCCUGGUUGGGUUGGGCUGUUGCAAAGCACAAUAUUAGAGAGUGCAAGAUGUAUCUGGUUCAAUCGUGCAGAGGCAAAGGAUCGUGAGAUUGUAGCAAAGAAGUUAAGGGAUCAUGUUCAGGAAGCUGACAAUAACCCUCUUCUCAUAUUUCCAGAAGGAACUUGUGUAAGUAACCAUUAUACUGUGAUGUUUAAGAAGGGUGCGUUUGAACUAGACUCUACUGUUUGUCCAAUCGCAAUCAAGUACAACAAAAUUUUCGUAGAUGCCUUUUGGAACAGCCGAAAGCAGUCUUUCACAAAGCAUCUGUUGCAGCUGAUGACAUCUUGGGCUGUUGUUUGUGAUGUGUGGUACUUGGAGCCCCAAAAUCUGAGACCUGGAGAGACCCCCGUUGAGUUUGCAGAGAGGGUCAGAGACAUUAUAUCUGUCCGAGCAGGUCUCAAAAAAGUUCCUUGGGAUGGAUAUCUAAAGUAUUCUCGCCCUAGCCCAAAACAUAGAGAGCGCAAGCAACAAAGUUUUGCUGAGUCAGUACUACGGUGCCUGCAGGAGAAGUGAUGUAUAUUUCUGCGUUUUUUCCUUUCUUUGUUGUAUUUAUCCCAGAAAUUGCUCCCGCACUUCUCUCCACAUCUCAUUGUUCAAAUGUAAACUGUGAUCUUUAUCAACAGUUAAGCUGUGGGUAUGAUUAAGAAGCAAUCUUGGAGAAAAUUCCAUAUUUAUCACUUUCUAGGUCUUGCUUCGGUAAAUUCACCAAAAUGUUGUGAAAA